UCUCGGUCUGAGAAAAGUGACUGCUCUGCCAGAGAAGUCUAGACCAAGAGAUGCAGGUGUCACAGGCCGACCACUCAGUUCCUCUCAGCUGAUUAUGGCCCGGACUUGAUGCUGGACAUGGGCAGUUCUGCUACUUGUGUGAAUGUCUGGAGACACUCUGCUCCACAACUGGGUGGUGCUACUAGUGGAGAGAGGCAAGGGAUGCUGCCAAACACCCGACAAUGCACAGGACAGACUCCACAGCAAAAAUUUUCCAGCCCAAAAUGUUAGUAAUGCUGAUGCUGAGAAAUCCUUUAAGGCGACUGGACUUGGACUUUUACUUCUCCACUUGGCGGUUCCUCUGCAAUUCCAGGUAACCUCAUGUUUGGUUCCUUUCCCAAUCACUCUUGCUGUUGUAGAAAUGAGUUUAAUUUGCUGAAUUGUGCUCAAGUUACUGGCUGAUCUUCACACAAACAGUCAUAGCUUUCUUAACUAGUAUAUCAACUAGAGUUCACUUAGAGAAGCAGAACGCUGGGAGUACAGUCUGUGUGUCUGUCCAAUCUGUAUGUGAGACACUUUACAGACAUUUGACCUUGCUCAAGUAGGGCAAACAGUCUCUGGAAGGUCAUCUGCAUGGCUGGUGGUAGGGCUGCAAAUCCAGGUGGCAGGCAGCGGGGAAGGGAAGAUGGGAAUAAAGUAAGGGGUGAGCAGGGACAAGCUGGAGCCCACGGACUGGAACCCGAGUCACUUCUCCCUGCUCCCAACCUUGAAGUGAGUGUCCUGCAGGAGAAGCUAGCUGGUGGCCUUGGUCAUGGAGCUGAAAACAGACCUGGCCAGGGACUGUGAAAAGCUGCGGGGGGAUCCAGGACAAGGUACAGCAGUGGCAAGCCCAACUGCUACCCCACAAGCGACAAGGCCACCAGCAGACACCAAAGUGCCCGCCUGUCCCUUGCGAGCAUAAACACAAACUGGCCGUUGGCUGCACUUCCACCCUCCAGAUCUUGACAGAAAUCUCUCCUGUGGCACACCUAACCGGAAACACACAGAGAAGGGAAUUCUGGAAAAUGUAGGUCAGCCAGCCCACUUGACGCGUUACAAAGCCACGACCACUGGAUCCCCAUUUUUGAAAAUGCUUGUACAAGUUGCCCCGGGCUGUGCUGGCCAUGCUGAGCUGGGAGGUUCUGAGCUCCUCCUUCCUUAGGAGCUAGAAACAUCACUCACAACAGUAGGAUGGCCUAUCCCCUGUUUUGGUCUAAGGAAGUAUUUCUUAGAUUUGAUGACAACUUCAACGCUCUUCAUUUCAACUGCUGGGGACUUGGCUUUUAAAAAGAUCAAGAGAGGGACAUGACAGCCCUCCUAUAAAAGGUGUUAGAGAAACCAUGCACCAAAGGUCACACAUUGUAUGACUUCAUUCAUGUGGAAUACCUGGAAAAGGGGAUGGUGGCUUGGAAAUGGACUUACUAGAGGAUCUUGAGUCCCUGCAGUUUGAGCGCGGGAUUGAAGAGGAAGACCGCAGCUGGCUGUACUUGCAGCAUCGUUGCCACGGGCUGAUGAUCAAGGGCUGUGCCCAUGCGACCUUCUUCUGUAAGCUGCUCCAUAAUUUGAGCAAAUUAUUACAGGAGAAGCAAGCUUCCAGGUGUUCCUCGACUGAAUCAUUUGCCAACGCUCCUGACGACGAUAAUGAGUUAAAGGUGGGCAUCAUUGGAGGUGGCCACCUUGGGAAGCAGCUGGCUCGUGUACUGCUUCAGCUUGUCCCCAUCCCUGCUGAGAGGCUGCGGAUCUCCACUCGGAGGCCAGAGGCCCUGGAUGAGUUCCAGAAACUGGAAGUCCAGUGCGUCUACGAUAACUCUCACCUGGUGGGCUGGGCCAACCUGGUGUUCCUCUGCUGCCUGCCAUCGCAGCUGCCCAGUAUCUGCACAGAGAUACAAAACAGCUUCAGAAAAGCCUGCAUUGUAUACAGCUUCGUGUCUGCCGUCCCGAUACCCAGGUUGAAAAACCUACUGAACCACACCAACAUCUUGCGGGCUCAGUACCAGUGUGUGGAAGGUUUUGCCCACAUCCCAGGGGCCAAUAAGGAAAUCAUAGCUGCUCUCCAAGAUCCUGUGAUUCUUCAGGCUACCUGCCCCAGCGAUCCUACCGGCGGAGUAAUCCUCAAUAUCAAGUGGUUGGAUGGGGUGUUCUACGCGGCUCUAAACGUCUGUACGGCAAAGGCCGCGCAUCUCUGGCAAGCGCUGCAGCUUGUGAAUGAGCUGUUUCCUGCUUCAUGCUUCAAAAAAUGUAGGAAGGAUGGACCACCUUGCCCAAAACUUCAAUUAGGGCACUUUCUCAACGAAAGCUAUAUUGAGAACCUGCCUCCGAAAAGCCCUCUCCCCUGGUUUGAUCUGACUAUUGUGCAACUCAGGGACACUCCCUUUAGCGACAACCUCCUGACCCAUCCCGCUCUCCAAGACCACGUCACCCACCUGUACUGUAAUUCAUUUGGCAUCUCCCUCCCCGAAGAACAGCACUACCUGGCUCCCCCAGACUCUCCAUCGGAAUGAGAGAUGAGAGCCCCGGAACCGGAAUUCGCGCCCCCUCUGCCUUGGUCGUAGUGGGAUCAUCACAGCCGAAGGCCGGAGUCACGUGACUGUAUUGUGUUUGCCGUGCGUUAGGCACUAAGGAGUUAGAAAAUGGUACUGAUGGCUCUUUAAAAUGUAGAAUAAAACAAGAGGUCCUU